AUGGGCCACAUUUGUACCAAGACAGUAAAGAAGGCAGCCUGCGUCAUCAUUGAGAAGUACUAUACGCGCCUGGGAAACGAUUUCCACGCCAACAAGCGCGUGUGUGAGGAAAUCGCCAUCAUCGCCAGCAAGAAGCUCCACAACAAGAUAGCAGGCUGUGUCACACAUCGGAUGAAGCGGAUACACAGGGACCCUGUGCAGGGUAUUGCCAUCAUGUUGCAGGAGGAGGAGAGAGAAAGGAGAGAUAAUUACAUCUCAGCCUUGGACCAGGAAAUCACUGAAGUAGAUCCUGACACUAAAGAAAUGCUGACGCUUUUGGACUUCGGCUGCCUCUCCAACCUGCAGGUCACACAGCCUACCAUCGGGAUGAAUUUCAAAACACCAUGUGGAGCUGUUUGA